CAGGGCUGCAAAACCCACGCUUCCCUCCUAAAACCUGCGUGAAGACAGGAUGAGGGACUGAGAGACUGCUCCUCGAACCUGAGGAUGGAGAAGAGAGUGUGUGUGAUCCAAACCGACUUCCAUCAGUACCGACCCACUGUCACUGUCCACACAAAACCACUGGCACAUGAGCAAGAGAGCCUUCAGGACAUGGAGCAGCGCUGCUCCCAGCUGGCCAAGGCCAAACGGGAGCUGGAGGCCCAGGUGGCGGGGCUGAGCGAGCGUCUGGAGGAGGAGGAGGGCUGCACGACCCAGCUGGCUCUGCACAGGCACCGGCUGGAGGCGGAGUGCUGCAGCCUGAAGCGCGACCUCGAGGAGCUGGAGAGCACCCUGAGCUCCGUGGAGAGGGACAAACAGUGUUCAGAUGUAAAUGUCCAGAGGCUAAAGGAGGAUCUUUCACAGAGGGAAGAGAUCAUUCAGAAACUGCAGAAGGAGAAGGAACACCUGGUAGAACUUACUCAGCAAGCUAUUGAUGAUUUACAUUUGGAGGAGGAGAAAGUGAACCUGCUGACUAAAGAGAAGGCCAAACUACAGAUGCAGGCAGGGGAGUUUGAGUACCUCCUGGAGCAAGAGAGGAAGCAGAGGACUGACAUGGAGAAGAGCCGAUGGAAGACAGAGGGGGACAACAAAACCACAGUGGAGAACCUCAAUGAGCUGGAGAAGAUGAAGAGUAGACUGGGAGAGGUCAUCAAGAAGAAAGAUUUGGAGAUAAAUGUCAUGACAGAGAAGCUGGAGGAAGAGGAAGCCCUGAGUGUCAGCCUUCAGAAGAAAAGCAAGGAGCUCCAGGUACGGAUAGAAGAAUUAGAAGAGGAACUGGAAACUGAAAGGGCCAUGAGGGCAAAGGUGGAGAAGCAGCGCUCUGAGCUCAGCCGUGAACUGGAUGACUUGACUGACCGGCUGGAAGAGGCAGGCGGCGCCACUGCUUCCCAGGUGGAAGUGAACAAGAAGCGAGAGGCUGAGCUGCAGCGCUUGCGCCGGGAGCUCGAGGAGUCCUCUGUGCAGUCGGAGGCACUGGCGGCAGCACUGCGCAAGCGGCAUGGCGAAGCGCUGACUGAGCUUGGUGAACAGUGCGAGAGUCUGCAGAGGACACGUGCCAAGCUGGAGAAGGAGAAGCAAAAUCUGCGGCUUGAGGUGGACCACUUGGCUGCCACAGUGGACAGCCUGCAGAAGGCCAAGGCCUCCAGCGACAACCAGCUGCGGAAGCUUGAGGACAUUCUGUCUGAAGCCAGUUCCAAGAACGAGGACCUACAGAAGGCGUUGACUGAGAGCAACAUUGCCAAGAAUCGGCUUACAGCUGAUAACAAUGACCUGAGCCGACAGUUAGAGGAAGCUGAGAACCGGGUCAGUCAGAUGAACCGGGCCAAAACUCUGUUCACGUCUCAAAAUGAAGAACUGAAGAAGCAGCUUGAGGAGGAGAUCAAAGCAAAGGCAGCCAUGGCAAGCACCUUAGGUACAAUGAGGCAAGAUUGUGAGCUCCUCAAAGAACAGCUGGAGGAAGAGCAGGAGAGCAAGAUGGAGCUCCAACGUCAGGUGUCCAAGCUCAACAGUGAAGUCACCCACUGGAGGACGCGUUAUGAGGCCGAUGCCAUACAGCACACAGACGAACUCGAGGAGGCCAAGAAGAAGUUAGCGUCACGGUUGCAGGAGGCUGAAGAAGCCGUUGAGGCCACCCAGGCCAAAUGCUCCAGUUUGGAGAAGACCAAACAAAGGUUGCAAGGUGAAGUGGAGGACCUCUGCAUAGACUUGGAGAAGGCAAACAGCUCCGCAAUGCUGCUGGACAAGAAACAACGCGUGAUGGAGAAGCAACUCACUGACUGGCGCCAGAAGUGCGAGGACCUGGUGGCCGAGGUUGAGAGCUGCCAGAAGGAAAGCCGGCAGCACUCAACUGAGCUCUUCAAGCUGAAGACGACCUACGAGGAGACACUGGAGCAAGGGGAAGUGUUGCGGAGGGAGAACAAGGCCUUCCAGGAGGAGAUGGCUGAUCUCAAUGACCAGCUUGCUGAGGUUGGGAAGACUGUUCACGAGCUGCAGAAGGCUAAAAAGAAGAUGGAAAUGGAGAAGGAGGAGCUUCAGGCAUCACUUGAGGAGUCUGAGGCUGCGCUGGAGGCCGAGGAGACCAAGGUGCUCCGUCUGCAGCUGGAACUAUCACAGGCCAAGGGGGACCUAGAACGCAGGCUGCAGGAGAAGGAGGAGGAGUUUGAAGCCACCAGAAAGAGCCACCAACGGGCCCUGGAGUCUUUGCAGGCGAGCCUAGAUGCAGAGGUCAAAGGGCGCACUGAGGGUGCACGGGUGAAGAAGAAGCUGGAGACCGACGUUAAUGAGUUGGAGCUCCAGCUGGACUUACUGACGAAGAACAAUGGGGAGCUGAUGAAGACCAUCAAGAAGAUGCAGCAGCAGAUCAAAGACCUCCAGGCCCAGGUGGAGGAGGACUCGCGGCGGCAGGAGGAGAUGCGGGAGGAACAGGCCUUGUUGGAGCGCCGCUGUGCCGUGCUGUCCGCCGAAGUGGAGGAGACGCGGGCUGGGCUGGAGGCAGCUGAGAGAUCCCGCAAGGCCCUGGAAGUUGAGCUUCAGGAGACCGCUGAGAAAUUCAAUGAUAUCAACACCCAGUUCCAGGCGGCCACCAGUGGGAAAAGGAAGCUGGAGACUGACCUGCAGCAACUCACACAGGACCAUGAGGAGCUGCAGGCCGAGGUGCGGGCCUCCAACGACAAAGCCAAGAAAGCCAUGAGCGAGGCUGGCCGGCUGGCAGAGGAGUUGCGCCACGAGCAGGAGCACACGCUGCACCUGGAGAGAGUGAAGAAGGGCCUGGAGGCGCAGGUCAAGGACAUGACGGUGCGAGUGGACGAGGCUGAGCAGCUGGCGCUGAAGGGCGGGAAGAAGAUCAUCCAGAAGCUGGAGGGGAAGGUGAAGGAGCUGGAGCUGGAGCUGGACGCGGAGCAGAAGCGGCAUGGCGAGACGUUGAAGACGCUGCGCAAGAACGAACGUCGCCUGAAGGAGCUGCUCUUCCAGUCGGAGGAAGACCAGAAGAACCAGCAGCGGAUGCAGGAUCUGGUGGAGAGGCUGCAGAACAAGAUGAAGGCCUACAAGAGACAAGUGGAGGAAGCAGAGGAGCAGGCAAACAUGAACUUGGCCAAAUACAGGAAGACGGUGCAUGAGCUGGAUGAUGCUGAGGAGCGAGCAGACAUCGCUGAGUCAGCGCUGACCAAGAUCAGGACCAAACGGCGAGGGAGCUUCAGCAAGGGAUACUCCUCCGGUUAUAGCACACCCUAUGCUGGCCUGGUCCGCUCACCAAGUUCUGCUGGAUCUGAGGGCAGGGGCGAGAAAAUCAUCAAUGAUGACGACACUGUCAGUUCUCUCAUCCCAGCUUACCUGGACUCAUUGAAGAAACUGAUGAUUGAUGACUGAGGAACUCAUGGAUACAUUAAACUGUGGGGAACAACAGGCCAAAAACAAAAUUUUCAAGACCAGAGCUUUAUGUAGAGAAUGUUAUCUUUAUCUGGUAAUAACAAUAUCUUUUAUGACUAAAGUUAAUCUUGCCUUUAUGGUGGUUUCCUCUGCUUUCGCCACAGAAACAGACAUUUUAGAGCUGAAAGAAACAUUUUAUUCUUCCACUUUUAAAAUGAACCUUUAUUUUUAUAAUUGGAAUUCAAAUAUUAUACCUUGUUUUUGUCCAUGUCCUUUAUUAUAAACCACACCAUAGAAUUCCAGUGUUGAGUGAUGAACUCACAACGAUUGGGUCCUUAUCACGUUUUAGUCUACUUUUGAAAUAUUAUCUAAAUAAUUAGCGAGAACUGAUGCCCAACUCACAAUGUUGAUGUGACAGGCAAUUGAUCUGACUAUAUUCCUGUUAAAGUAUAUUGCCAAAAACCAGAAUUCAAGUGUGCCAAUGCAUUUUUCAUGGAUUGUGAAAACAUGUUUCAGUAAUAAAAAUACUUUUAUACUAUUUUUCAUCACUGUGUGAUAUGAACUGAUUUUCCCCUAUGG